AUGGUGUCCUAUGAGAACCUAAGAAUAAUUCACCUAAGACUUCAGGAAUACAAAAACAAUGACAAAUUAUUCGGCGGAGUCAACAUUUUGGUCUUUGGUGAUAUAUUUCAGCUUCCCCCGGUAAAAGGGCAUUGGUGUUUUUUGCAGCCGUCGUGGUUCUCAGCGGAGGUCAAUUUGUGGCAUCAGUUUUCCUUUUGUGAAUUGACUGUAAACAUGCGACAGCGCAAUGAUACCGAAUUCAUUGAUUUAUUGAACAACUUACGGGUAGGUGAACUGACGACGGCUCAAUUUGAAUUACUAUGUGAGCAGCGACACGUACCUUUAAAUGGUGAAUUUGCGGAUGGAGUCGCCGUUCGUAUUUUUCCUACGGUCAGGCAAGUCGACGAUUACAACGACAAAAUGAGCCUGGAAAAUGCAAAGUUACACCGAACUUAUCAAAUCGACGCAGUAGAUGAGUCUCGCGAAAUAGCGACGUAUGGUAGAAAACCACCAGAGAACGUAAUUCCCACAGAUGUCAAUAACUGUGGUGGUUUUCUGUCAUCGAUAAAAAUUGGCGUCGAAUCCCGAGUGAUGUUGAGACAAAACAUUGCCGUUUCUGAAGGGCUAGUGAAUGGAGCUAUGGGCAUAAUAAAAAAAAUCAAAUGGCCGGCCCUAAGGAGAGAUCAACUAGAGGAUGGGGAGCUACCGGAAGCUGUGUACGUAAAAUUUGACGAUGAAAGUAUUGGUAUUAGGCUAAAAGAUAGUGAUGGUUGCAUACCCAUACCUCCAUUAAGUACUACGUUUCAGGCAAUAAGAGGUUACGGCGAUGUGGAGCGUCGUAUGUUGCCCCUAAUAUUAAGCUGGGCGGUCACAGUCCACAAACUACAAGGUACCACCCUCGAAAGAGCUGUGAUUGACCUUGGUAAAAAAUUUUUUGCAAAGGGGCAAAUAUACGUUUCGCUAAGUCGAGUCAGAAGUUUGGAAGGUAUAGUUUUAUCAGAUUUGGAAGCCAACAAAUUGUUAAACCGUCCACAUGAUGAAAGAUCGUUGACGGAAAUGACGAGGCUGCGAAAUCUGUCUCUCGAUAAUCACGGACACACA